AUGACACUGAAUCCUCGGUGUGAAGAUGUUGAAACUGUUGAAGGUGUUGCAGUGACUGUUACUGGUGUUGCCCAAGUUAAAGUGGUACAAAAUAAUGAGCUACUGAUGGCUGCUUGUGAACAGUUUCUUGGGCGAGAUGUCGAUGAUGUCAAAUUGACGAUCUUGCACACUUUGGAGGGUCAUCUUCGUUCGAUUUUGGGUACCCUCUCUGUUGAGGCAAUUUAUAGUGAUCGUGACAGCUUUGCUCGUUUGGUGCGUGAAGUAGCCGAGCCAGAUGUAGCGCACAUGGGUAUCGAGAUCCUCUCCUUCACAAUUAAGGACGUCUUUGAUCGGGUACAGUAUCUGGACUCCCUCGGGCGUGGUCAAAUUGCCCUCAUCAAGAGCAGCGCGCAAAUCGGAGUGGCUGAGGCUGAACGCGACGCCGGAAUUAAGGAAGCAGAGUUUGAAAAGCAACUGGUUGAUGAACGCUGCAAUGCCGACGGUUCAAUUGCUGAUUCUAAACUUCGUUUUGAGAUGCUGCAGACGGAAUACGAUCAGGAGGUGAAUGUCGCCAAAGCCGAAGCUGAACUUGCUUACGAGCUUCAGGCCGCAAAGGAGCAGCAGCAAAUCAAGAACGAGGAGCUUGGCAUCCAAUUGGUUGAGCGUCGAAAACAAAUCGAAAUUGAGCAGCAGGAAAUCACGCGGAACGAAAAAUCCCUCGAGUGCAGUGUCCGCAUUCCCGCGGAAGCUGAGGCCUAUCGCACACAGACAAUUGCUGAGGGCCAGAGAACGACGAAGAUAAUGGAGGCCACAGCUUCUGCCGGUGGAAUUCGACUCGUGGGCGCAGCCAACGCGACAGCCGUGGAGGCCCUUGGCGCAGCUGAAGCCGACGGUCUUGUUCAAAUGGCGGCAGCCUUUGGGCAGUUCAGCGAUGCGGCCAAGUUGUCCCUCGUCCUCAACGCCCUGCCCGAACUGGCCGCCGAAGUUGCCGCGCCGCUUGCACGAACCGGCGAAAUCGUACUCAUUGGUGGUGAUGCAGCUUCCACUACUUCUACGCGCGUCGACGAUCUCGUGGUGGCGGCCAAGACCCUACUGGGAGCUGGCGCUCUGCCUGCAGGCGUCGUUGCUGACCUGUCCGCUGCACAGGUACCAUUUUUGCAACUACGUCUUUCUGUUCUUGCUGUUGCAAGCUGCUACAAGACGAGCGACAGCCCGGGCUAUUUGAGCGUUUAG